UGUUCAGGUCUGUAAGUCGGAGAGCAGAUGCAAGAAGCGAGUCCCGGUCUUCUUCUUCGGGACUCACAACAUAGGCACCAUCCCUCCGGAGAACAUCGUUCCGUACGUCGGGAACAAGCUGAAGUACGGCACCGGCGUCCGCAUCAAAGGCUUCACCGAGGGCAUGUGGGAGAUCCAGAACACGCCGGGAGUCGGGAGCAAACUCAAAGUCCCACCCCUAUUUGCACCUGCGAAAUCUACACCUGCGAAAUCUACACCUGCGAAAUCUACACCUGCUAAACCAUCAAAUGCCACUAAAUCCACUCCCAGUAAAUCUGUCCCUGCAAAACCCGUCAGUAAAGCAGCUCCUGGCAGAGUUACUAAAACUCCCACCAGAGCUUCGUUAAGAUCCGCUCCGGACUCCAAACAGACUCCUGAACAGACGUCAGCUUCAGAUUCAGGUAAAAAGGAAACUUCUGCCGCUGUUGCCGUGGUGAAAACUCCGACCAGAGCUUCGUUAAGAUCCGCUCCGGAGAAAACGACAGACUCGAGUCAGACUCCAGAUGUUUCGGAGGCGCCUGUGACCACCAGAAGCAGGAGGUCGGCUGCAGGAGGAGAAACUACGACUUCAGCCGAGAACAAGAAGGAGAUCGAAGUGCAGAAGAAGACGACUCCUGCGGGUCCAGCUGUGAGCCCACCAGUCAGCAAGAAACUGAAGACGGCAGAAACGACAUCUCCAGCGAAAACGUCCAAAAACGAGAGAGGACAGAAAGAUGAGGAGAAGUCAUCAGAGAGCCGAGGAGUCAAGAGGAAGAGAGACGAGGAGGACGAGGAGAAAAAGACAAAUCAAGACGGCAAAGAUGGAAAGAAAGAAGUGAUGAGGACUUCAGAGAGACGAGGAGAAAAAAGAAAGAAAGAGGAGGAGGAGAAAAAGAAGGAAGAAGAGAAAAGACAAGAGGAGAAGUCAUCUGAGAGCCGAGUGAUGAAGACGAGGAGGACAGAAAAAGACGACCAGAAGGAGGUGAAGAAAAAGGAAGAUGACAGCAAAGGAAGGAAAGAGGAAAAGAAAACAAAGGAGGAUGGAGGUGCAGAAGGAAAGAAAGAGGUGACGACAAAAGAGAAAACAGGAGAGAAAUCAGAAAGUCGAGGACUCAAGAGGACGAGAGAUGAGAAUGAAGACAAAGAGAAGACAAGGAGAGGCGAGAGAGACGGACACAAGGAGGACGAGAGGAAAAGAAGACAAGACAGCAAAGAGGAGAAGACGAGGAGAGAGACGAGGUCCGAGAGCGAGGGAAGAAAAAGAGAAAGAGAAAAGGAGGAGCAGGUGAGAAGGAAGAAGGAUGUCAGAGAAGUGUCUGAGAAAAGAGAGGGGGGACGAGGGACGAGGAGGGAGGACAAGGAGGCGCAGAAAGGAGAGAUGAAGAAGAAGAAGGAGGAGAAAAGCGAAGGGACGAGGAGAGCGGAGAAGGAGGAACUGAGGAGGAAAACAAGGGACGCCGGUGAGGACAAAAAGAGGGAGGGGAAACUAAAAGAGAAGAAGACGGAGGAGAAGGACGGCGGCUCCGGGGACGAGGAG